AUGCGGGAGACUGCUCAUAAUCUUGCUGAAAAAAUUAGAAGUAAUAGAACUAAUUCAGCAGCAGGAGAUACUGUGCAAAACAAACAGUAUAACGAUUAUUUAAAUUCACUUGCUAAAGACGUUGAAAUUGAGUUUAAGCGCUCCUGCGCGAAAGCAUUUGUUAGGCGCUGUCAAUGCAACCAAACCCGCAUUUGCUUAAAUAAAUUUGAUAAGUUUUGGAAGAAAAAAGGGAAGAAAUAUAUCCAAAUUUGGUAUGAAAUUGUCACUGGUAAAAAAACAAAUUCUUCAAGUUCAAAAAAUACGGAACAGGAGACACAAGGUUCAGCGGCAAACGAAGAAGAAUCUGGUCAAGCUAUGAACCCCGGUACCUCAGAUAGAAGUCGAAACACUAACCCGAAAGUAGAACCAAUUGAUCCGGGUGCAACUCCCCCAAGCGCUAGUAACCCCAAUGAGGCUCAGAACGAAAACUCCCCUCAACCUAGCUCUAAUAACCCAAAUGAAGCUCAAGUUGAAAAUUCUCCGCAACCCGGCCCUAACAACCCUAAUGAGGCUCAAGCUGAAAACCCUCAGCAACCCGGCCCUAACAACCCUAAUGAGGCUCAAGCUGAAAACCCUCAGCAACCCGGCCCUAACAACCCUAAUGAGGCUCAAGCUGAAAACCCUCAGCAACCCGGUCCUAACAACCCUAAUGAGGCUCAAGCUGAAAACCCUCAGCAACCCGGCCCUAACAACCCUAAUGAGGCUCAAGCUGGAAACCCUCAGCAACCCGGUCCUAACAACCCUAAUGAGGCCCAAGCUGGAAACCCUCAGCAACCCGGCCCUAACAACCCUAAUGAGGCCCAAGCUGGAAACCCUCAGCAACCCGGCCCUAACAACCCUAAUGAGGCUCAAGCUGGAAACCCUCAGCAACCCGGUCCUAACAACCCUAAUGAGGCUCAAGCUGGAAACCCUCAACAACCCGGCCCUAACAACCCUAAUGAGGCCCAAGCUGGAAAUCCUCAGCAACCCGACCCUAACAAUCCCAAUGUAGCACAAACUGAAGAUGUGGGACAAAACAACAAUGCACCUCCAUUAACACUUAGCAAAAUUAAGGAAAAUUAG